AUGGCCGAAGAAGGAGAUAAGAGCGGAGCGCCCGGAGAGACCCAGCACCUCAACAUCAAGGUGACCGAUAACCACAACGAAGUCUUCUUCAAGAUCAAGCGGUCCACUCAGCUGAAGAAGCUGAUGGAUGCCUUCUGCGAGCGCCAGGGCAAGCAAAUUGCCACCGUUCGCUUCCUCUUUGACGGCACUCGUGUUCGGCCAGAGGAUACGCCUGACACGCUCGACAUGGCUGAUGGCGACACGUUGGAAGUCCACCAGGAGCAGAUCGGAGGCUAG